AUGUCUAUAGCACUGGGCGACACUGUUCCUCAUUCAUAUUUUCUCUCCUUUGCUGAGAUAAGUUUCUCUGCUGCCCAUAGCACUGCAUUAAUUGUUCCUCAUUCAUAUUUUCUCUCCUUUGUUGAGAUAAAUAAGUCUCUGCUGCCCAUAGCACUGCGCACACUGUUCCUCAUUCAUAUUUUUUCCUUCUUUUUGUUGAGUUCUCAUUAUUUUUCUUUUCUGCUGCCCAUAGUUCCUCAUUCAUAUUUUCUCCUUUUGCUGAGGCUUGCUGCUCAUAGCACAUGCAUUAAUUGUUCCUCAUUCAUAUUUUUCUCCUUUGCUGAGACAAGUUUCUCUGCUGCCCAUAGCACUGCGCACACUCACUGCGUGACACUGUUCCUCAUUCAUAUUUUCUCCUUUGCUGAGAUAAGUUUCUCUGCUGCCCAUAGCACUGCGCAUACUGUUCCUCAUUCAUAUUUUUCUCCUUUCCUGAGACAACAUUAUACACUGUUCCUCAUUCAUAUUUUCUCUCCUUUGCCUGAGAUAAGUUUGCUGCCCAUAGCACUCCAUGAGACAAGUUUCUCUGCUGUCGGCACUGGCGCUACCCGUUCCUCAUUCAUAUUUUCUCCCUUCACUGCGCACACUGUUCCUCAUUCAUUUUUUCUCCUUUUGCUGAGACAAGUUUCUGCUGCCCAUAGCAUCAUGACACUGUUCCUCAUUCAUAUUUUUUCCUUUAAGGAGAUAAGUUUCUCUCCUCCAUUGUUGAGAUAUUUUUCUCCUUGCUCAUGUGCCCAUAGCACUGCACACACUGUUCUCAUUCAUAUUUUUCUCCAACAUCAUGCACACUGUUCCUCAUUCAUUUUUUCUCCUUUGCUGAGACAAGUUUUUGCUGCCCAUAGCACUGCGACACUGUUUCAUUCAUAUUUUCUCCUUUUGCUGAGACAAGUUUCUGCUGCCCAUAGCAUCAAUGCACACUGUUCUCAUUCAUAUUUUCUCUCCUUUGCUGAGAUAAGUUUCUCUGCUGCCCAUAGCAAACAAGUUUCUGCUGCCCAUAGCACUGGCGCACACUGUUCCUCAUUCAUAUUUUUCUCCUUUGUUGAGACAAGUUUCUCUGCUGCCCAUAGCACUUGCUGGAGAGACACUGUUCCUCAUUCAUAUUUUCUCUCCUUUGUUGAGAUAACACUGCACACUGUUCCUCAUUCAUAUUUUCUCUCCUUUGCUGAGACAAGUUUCUCUGCUGCCCAUAGCACUGCGCACACUGUUCCUCAUUCAUAUUUUCUCUCCUUUGCUGAGAUAAGUUUCUCCGCUGCUCAUGGCACUGUGCACGCUGUUCCUCAUUCAUAUUUUCUCAUCUUAUUUGUUGUCUCCUCCUAUCUUGCUGUAGGUGUUCCAUGCAUUGUUCACCCUCCAUUGAAGCACAUCUCAACUGCUGGUAUUGCCUGUCUCUUUCUAGGAAUUCCUGCCUCUACUCUUCCAUUAUCCUCCAUCUAUAGAGCAUCAUUUUCAUGUCAGCAGCAUCGAGUUUUUAUUGUUGGUUCAUGA